CCUCUCUCUCCCUCUCUCCCUCUCUCUCCCUCCCUCUCUCCCUCUCUCCCUCCCCGGCAAGGGUGAGAAGGUGAUUGAGUCGGAGGAUGUUCGGAUCCUGAAGGACAACGGCCUCCACUCGCUGCUCAUCCUCCACGCGGUCUCUGAGAACGAGGGGGAAUACUCCGCCAUCGCUCAGAACCCGCACGGAGACGCCUUCUGCUCCGCGGAGCUGUACGUGGAGGAACCGCGGCCCGUCAUCUCCUCCCCCAUGGCCAAGCUGGAGAAGAUGCCGUCGAUCCCGGAGGAGCCGGAGAUCCCGGAGAACGAGAUGGAGAGGUUCACCAUGCCGGACUUCCUGAAGGCCAUCCAGAACGUUGACGUGACUGAGGGCAAGGACACGGUGCUGGAGUGCCAGGUGACCGGCCUGCCCUACCCCUCCAUCAGCUGGUACCACAAUGGCCAAAAGCUGCUGAGCACCGAGGAGAGGAGAAUGACACAGUAUAAGGACGUCCAUCGCUUGGUCAUUCGCUGCGUUGACCACUCCCACGCGGGCGUCUACAAGACCGUGAUCGCCAACAAGGUUGGCAAGGCAACCAGCUACGCCCACAUCUAUGUCUCCGACGUGGUUCCAGACCCGCCGGCUGGGCCUGCAGCCGUGGUGGCCGUGACUGGACGCACCGUCACCCUGCGCUGGACCCGGCCCAAGAAACUUGACCCCUCCAUAGACCCCAGCACACUGACCUAUGUCAUUCAGAGCCAGGUGCUGGGCACACCCCAGUGGCACAUCCUCAAGACCAACGUCAAGGAGACCUCCUUCACCAUCCACUCGCUCAACAAGGGCAUCCAGUACCUCUUCAGGAUCCAGAGCGCCACGCCAAAGAAUUGCAGCAAACCCUGCCCCGUCUCCGAGCCCGUCAAGCUGCUGGACAGAGGUCCAUACCUGGAGGAAGCGCCCUGUAUCAUCGACAAGCCCGAUGUAGUAUACGCCGUGGAGAACCAAAGUGUCUGCAUUACCUGUACACUCAACUACGUACAAGCUGACGUCACCUGGAGCAGGGAGGGGGUGCUGCUGAGCCAUUGGCCGCGGCAGUGUGAGCUGACCAUGCCGGACGAUGACCAGCACUCGCUCUGUCUGUGGCGGGUGGGCCGGAUGGACGUGGGGGAGUUGCUGGUCACGGCCUCCAACGCACACGGGGCCGACUCUACGCACAUCCUGCUACAGCUCGCAGAACCCCCUCGCUUCGAGUCGAUCAUGGAAGACCUGGUGGUCAAACCGGAGGACAACGCCAGGCUGGGAGUGGUGGUGGAGGGGAGGCCCCUCCCCCUCAUCCACUGGUACAAGUUGCGUUGGGGGCUGCACGAGGAGCAGGCCUCCCAACAGGAAGGACCGGGGGCUAUGGUGCAGAACGGACUCAAACACACCGUAGAGAGAGCCGGCCGCGUCCAGAAGUGGGUGGAGGGCGAUGGAAGGAGCGCUGCUGACGUGAUGCGGACAACGACCUAG